AUGAGUGGCAAGAAUUGUGUGGCCAUAGCAUCCGAUAAACGUUUCGGUGUCAAAUAUUUGACAAUAUCGAUGGAAUUUCCAAAAAUGUUUCAAGCCACAGAUAAGACGUUCAUCGGUAUUUCAGGGUUGGCUACUGAUGUGCAGACAUUAAUGGAGAGAUUUCGAUUCAAAAUCAACAUGUACAGAAUGAACGAAGAGCGUGACUUUGAGCCGAUUACUUUGGCCAAUAUGGUUUCAUCUACUUUAUACGAACGAAGGUUUUCUCCCUAUUUUGUGGAGCCGAUAGUUGCUGGGCUGGACAAGAACAAUAAUCCAUACAUUAAUGGAAUGGAUUUGAUAGGAUGUUCCACCACAGCUUGCGAUUUUGCUGCUACAGGCACACCAGAAGAUCAGUUGUAUGGUACAUGUGAGGCAUUGUGGGAACCCAAUCUGGAACCAGAAGAGUUGUUUGAGACUAUUUCUCAGACGAUAAUGUCUGCCACGAACAGAGACUGUGUGUCUGGUUGGGGUGCUGUCGUUCAUGUUAUAACACCCGAGAGAGUGAUCACACGUACGCUGAAGACCCGUAUGGAUUAA